UAGGAAGUGAUUUAUCAACGGUUUGUUUGACCAACCUGCAAUCCAUUGAAAUAAACUUUAAAACUAAAGUAAAACACACGUAGUAAAUCGAUAAACCCACGCGUUUUUAACCAGAACAAGACAGAUUAGUUUCGAGAUGGCAGCUCUUAACGGAAAAUGGAAACUUACUUCUGGAGAAAAACUUCAGGAAUACUUAGAUGCAUUGGGACUUCAAGAUGAGGUGAAGGGGAAAGCUUUGAAAGUUUUGACCCCAGAUAACGACAUAACGCAAGAAAUCAAGGUGUCUGGAAAUGAUGUCACGAUUAUCACAACAACGCCAAUGGGAACAACGGAAUCGAAAGCUGCAGUAGGAGAAGAAUCGUCACAAUCAGCAAUUGACGGAAGUCCUUUAAAGGUGAUAUACAAAAUAGAUGGUGACAAACUAAUUGAAGAACAAAAAGGAUCAUUUGAAUCCGUCAAUGUGAGGUCUCUAGAAGGCGACCAGCUAAUCAUGAAAUUGACAGCAGGAAAUGGAGUCACGUGUAUCAGGAAAUAUGUUAAAGUGUAAAAGAGGGGCAAAUCAUACCAAGGAAACUGGCUUCUUAUCAACAUGGCAUGCCUAAAUCCUCUGCUUGAUUUUUUUUUGUAUGCAGUGAAAACUUAAGUGCUCUAGCUUAAACUGACUUACAAUUUGUCACCCGUGUGUGUUUUUGGUGUAACAACUAUUUCAUUUUUCUUUUAUUAAACAAGUGCUAAUAAAUUCAAUUGAAUCGUGAUAAUUUAAA